AUGCUGGCAAUACUGUCGAUCCUCACUGCCGUAAACCAGGGCAUCUGCUACUCGUACGCGCCAAUAGCGAGUAUCGUAGAGAAGCGGUGGCAAGAGCGACUUCAUUCCACAGAACUGAUCACUGUCUACUUCAUCUCGUACAUUCCGUGUUCGUUUGUGGGCUCGUGGAUCAUGGACAAGAAGGGGUUGCGCUAUGGUGUGUUGCUUGGCGGCUUCUUACAAGCGCUCGGUGCUGGGUUGCGCUACUCUGCGUGUGCUUUUGAGCCUGCGAGAGAAGCUUACGUGACUCUACUGGGUCAGAUUUUGGCUUCUGUCGCGAUGCCAUUCAUGGUAAACUCCCCCGCUGUACUCUCAGCCAAUUGGUUCCCUCCCCAGCUACGUGCUACGUCCACUAGUGUCGCUGUCAAUGCGAACGCUUUGGGCACAGCGUUGGUUUAUCUCUCCGCUCCAUUUAUCGUGCUUUCCAGCAACGACGUACCUUACUGGAAUCUUUACGUGGCGGUGAUUGCAACGGCUUCAUGGAUCUUUGCACUCUUCUUUUUCCGGUCAUUCCCGAGGACAUGUGUGGCUCAAUCAAUCGUAUCCGACGUACAGCUACGUGACGAGUACGACUGGGGUCAAUGGGCCACCGCGUUCACUCACAGCGGCUUCUUGCACACUGUCGUGGCCUUUUCAAUGGCCGAGUGCAUCCUGAAUGCCAUGUGUGCACUCUUGGGAAAGUUUCUGAGUGUUGCUCAUUUCUCCAAAGCUCAGAUCGGAAUGGUCGGCUCGGUCUUCAUCAUAAGCUCCUUGGUCGGUGGUCAAGUCAUCAGUCAGUACGUGGACAGGAAGAGGAACCACAAAACAGCGCUACAACUCUGUCUUUUAUUGACUACCGUUGCUAUCUCGUCAUUUCGCCUGGUGCCCAAGGACAACGUCCACGCUACUCUUGUAAGCUUGAUGUUUUUAGGAGCUGUCCUAGGACCAUUGCAGCCUAUUGUACUCGAACUUGGAGUCGAGUGCUCGUUUCCAACCAGUGAAGCCACCGUCGCUGCGCUUCAACAACUUUGUGGCAACUUCUUGUCAGCGAUUAUUGUGCCUGGUUUGAGUGCUCUACGAAGGACACACGUGGAUUCAACGGGACAUGUACCACCAAAGUACUUCUACGCUAGUCCUGAAUGGGUAAUGGUCUUCAUGACGACGACAACGUUUAUCGUUUUCUGCUUCUUGUACGUCUUAUGUAUUUAUUCUCACUAA